CCGCGCAUCCCGCGUCCCCGUCCGCCUCGUCCACUCUGCCCCCUCGCAGGACAGGAUGAACGGACUUUGGAGGACUGGACACUUUGGACAACGCGGACAGCAGCGCGCGGCGGAGGACGGGAUUUAGUGGAGAGAAGUUGGCUUUUCUCGGUGGCUGUGCCCGAGUCGAAGACACUCGUCUUCAAGUCGUGAGGGGGGGAUUUGUGACUCUUUUUUUUCCACUGUCGCCAAACUGCUCUCCAAGCGCUGGAACGUGAGGAUUUAAAAGUAGUUUUGUGGGUUUUUGUGAAGUUUACUGGAGAUUAGAGGCUGUUUCACUAAAGGAAAGCUUGGUGCCAUCUAAAAUCUGAAGGCUGAUCUUUUCUGUCAAAACGGGAUACUGUGGGUCCGUGGUGGGGAGCUGUCGGACAGAUUCUUGCGGCAUCUGCGGCCGCCCUUCUGCUGGACAGUAUGCGAACGGAGGAUGUUGUCUAAGUUGGAGUCGGGCCUCGCUGCUCUGCGUCUGACCUCUUCGCCCAGAGGAAUGACUGCUCUGUGGUGCUCACUCUGGCUUUCUCUCCUCCUUCCUCUCACCGUCGUUCCAGCCAGGCUGCCCACUGCUCAGCCCACAGACCCUGUGUCCAGCGAGACGGCCUUCCUGGAGGACUAUGUUCUGGGCAUCGGGGACACUCUGGAAAUGUCAUGUGACCCGGAAGAGCAGGAAGACCACUCGGAGCCUAUUGUGUGGUUCAAAGACGGCGCUGGACUUGUGCCUUGCAACCGGAUACGGUUGGGCCAGAGGAUGCUCCGCAUUAUCAAUGUGUCGUAUGACGACUCCGGGGUCUACUCGUGCCGGCUCGCCCGGAGCAACGCGCUGCUCAGCAACUACACCAUCAGGGUGACAGAUUCUCUGUCGUCUGGUGAUGAUGAAGAUUACGAUGAAGACCCCGAAGGUGCAGAAGCGCCAUAUUGGACCAGGCCAGAACGAAUGGACAAGAAAUUAUUGGCCGUUCCUGCGGCCAACACCGUCAAAUUCCGCUGCGCUGCAUCUGGAAACCCAGCGCCAACCAUACACUGGCUGAAGAAUGGCAAAGAGUUCAAGGGAGAGCAGAGGAUGGGAGGCAUCAAGCUGAGACACCAGCAGUGGAGUCUGGUGAUGGAGAGCGCCGUGCCGUCAGACCGGGGAAACUACACCUGCGUUGUGCAAAACAAAUACGGCUCCAUCAGCCACACCUACCAGCUCGACGUGCUCGAGCGUUCACCUCACAGGCCCAUCCUCCAGGCUGGUCUGCCAGCCAAUCAGACGGUGGUGGUGGGCAGCGAUGUGGAGUUUCAUUGUAAGGUUUACAGCGACGCCCAGCCGCACAUCCAGUGGCUCAAACACAUUGAGGUGAACGGCAGCCGCUUUGGCCCCGACGGUGCUCCCUACGUCAACGUGCUGAAGACGGCUGGCAUUAACACUACAGAUAAGGAGCUAGAGGUUCUCUUCUUGACCAAUGUGUCUUUUGAGGAUGCGGGCGAGUACACUUGUCUCGCAGGGAACUCUAUCGGCUAUUCUUACCACUCUGCUUGGCUGACGGUGCUUCCAGCAGUGAGUCCACAAAAGGAAGACUACUACGCCGACAUCCUUAUCUACGUGACAGGCUGCGUGCUCUUCAUCCUCGCCGUGGUCAUCGCAAUCCUCUGUCGUAUGAGGAUGACCACGCAGAAGACUCUGCCCACGCCUCCCGUGCAAAAACUGUCAAAGUUCCCCCUCAAGAGACAGGUGUCCUUGGAUUCCAACUCCUCCAUGAACUCAAACACGCCGUUGGUCAGGAUCGCCCGUCUGUCGUCCAGCGACGGGCCGAUGCUCGCCAACGUCUCGGAGCUGGAGCUGCCGUCCGACCCCAAAUGGGAGUUUCCUCGGACACGGCUAACUCUGGGUAAACCUCUGGGAGAGGGCUGCUUCGGUCAGGUGGUUAUGGCUGAGGCUGUUGGCAUCGACAAAGAGAAGCCCAACAAGUCGCUCACUGUUGCUGUGAAAAUGUUGAAAGAUGACGCCACAGAUAAAGAUUUAUCAGACCUGGUGUCAGAAAUGGAGAUGAUGAAGAUGAUCGGGAAACACAAAAACAUCAUCAACCUACUCGGAGCCUGCACGCAGGAUGGUCCUCUGUAUGUCCUGGUGGAAUACGCCUCCAAAGGCAACCUGAGGGAGUACCUGCGUGCACGGCGGCCACCGGGCAUGGACUACUCCUUCGACACGUGCAAAAUCCCCGAUGAGCAGCUCACGUUCAAAGAUCUGGUGUCCUGUGCCUACCAGGUUGCCCGAGGCAUGGAGUAUCUUGCUUCACAGAAGUGCAUCCACAGAGACCUGGCAGCCAGAAACGUCCUUGUGACGGAGGACAACGUUAUGAAGAUCGCCGACUUCGGCCUCGCCAGAGACGUGCACAAUAUAGACUACUACAAAAAGACCACAAACGGCCGUCUCCCCGUGAAAUGGAUGGCUCCAGAGGCUCUCUUCGACCGGGUCUACACGCACCAGAGCGAUGUGUGGUCUUAUGGGGUACUGCUGUGGGAGAUCUUCACCUUGGGAGGCUCGCCGUACCCAGGGAUCCCAGUGGAAGAACUCUUUAAACUGCUGAAGGAAGGACAUCGAAUGGACAAGCCUGCCAACUGCACCCAUGAACUGUACAUGAUCAUGAGGGAGUGUUGGCACGCUGUGCCAUCGCAGAGGCCGACCUUCAGACAGCUGGUAGAAGAUCACGACCGGAUUUUAUCAAUGACCUCCACAGACGAGUACCUGGACCUGUCGGUGCCCUUCGAGCAGUACUCGCCCACCUGUCAGGACUCCAACAGCACCUGCUCCUCAGGGGACGACUCCGUGUUCGCCCACGACCCGCUGCCUGACGAGCCCUGUCUUCCCAAACAGCUUCCCAGUAACGGGGUGAUUAGGACAUAAAACCUGUGCCGGAGGAGGUCGGACAUUAACCUCUUCUCACAGUUUGUGACAGAAAUAUCACCUCUCACUGACUCAAGCACCUCAAGAUACGGAGAGGGACAAAAAAGUAAAAAAAGAAAACUCAGCAUGCAAUACUUCCACAGUGCUUCAGCUCUUUUUGAUUUGUCUUAAACUCUCGGACAAAGCUCUGUUUCGUGUUUUCUUUACCUCCUCAUCCCCAAGAACUCUCUUUAAACAUUGAAGGAUUUUUUUUUUCUUGCCAUUGAACCAUGUUUGUGUUCUUCUUUUCAGAAAUGAAAUUAUAUUUUUGUACUCGGGCCAGUCUUUUGUUACGGACAAUCUGUGGGGUGAAACCAUUCCGUGCCUACUGGGAUUAAACCUCCUGAGACUGAAUAAGAAAGGAUUUAGGAGGAGGAAAUGAAGGGCAUUGAUGAGUGACUUGUUGGUGAUCCAGUGGGUGGGGGUCCUCCGAUUUUUGGUUUGUUUUUUUUUACUACACGGAGCCCUUUUAUCGCAAUAAAGCGAUCUGAAAGAAAAUCGAUGAACGAGAUACCAGCAAAGCCAGCAUGAGCUCGAUGACGGGAUUUGUUCUUCCGCAGAAUUACCAGAAGACGUUCAGCAACAGAGAGGAUCACGUGAGCGUUUCCUCGUGAAUGUGUACGCCAUCAUCCGCAUUUUAGCUUCCUGGGAAAAAGAAAAAGUGAUAAUCAUGGAACAAAUUUUCCUCAUCAAAGAUGAGGCAAAGCUUCAGGGCCAUUCAGUAAUAAGAACAGCGAGGUUAUGAGGGGUUUUUUAAAAAUGUAUCUACAAAGUGAUUUAUUGUAAAUAUAUAAAUGCAAAUAUGUAUCAUAAUGCUGUCCACAGCCGUGUACUUAAAAGACAAAA